AUGCUGCUGGAUGGUCCUAGCUGGAAAGUGUCCAGCGCGGAUGAUAUCGGAUCAUCUCCACCGACCCUCCCCGGGGUCCCCACGGCGGCGGCAGGAGGAGGGGGACACUGGCUAAGGCUCCGCGGCGGCUCCCGAGGAGCCACCGACAGCUCUGAGAGACCUCCUCCUCCGGAAACACGGAGAAAUAUUACGGCGAGGCGCGUUAGGGCAUGGCGAGAUCUGGAACGAAGCUUCCAGGAAAACGGGUCAGGCCAUUACGAUGCCCCAGCAGAGCACAGCGAAGCGGCAGGCAUCACCGGUCAGCGGCUGCUUAUGGUUAAAGCCUCUCCUGAGCUCGCGCGCAGAGAAGCAAGACUGGCAGUGGUGAAAACACUUGAAGAGUUUGACUUUGGCCACACUGAAAAAUGCGUUCGGAUAAAUUCUGUGUCCAGUGGUUUGGCAGAACAAGAUCUGGAGGUGCUUUUGCAGUCCAGGGCCCUUCCUUCAAGCAUGAUGCUGCCAAAAGUUGAAAAUGUUGAAGAAAUAAGAUGGUUUUCAGACAAGUUCUCCCAUCACUUAAAGGGCCGAACACUUGUAGAACCAAUGAAUUUUAUCCCUUUUGUGGAAACUGCACUGGGCUUGCUCAAUUUUAAGGCUGUCUGCGAAGAAGCACUGCGAGCAGGCUCCCAACUUGGCUUUCAUUUGGAUGCAGUCGUCUUUGGAGGAGAGGAUUUCCGUGCCAGCAUAGGUGCAACAAGCAGUAAGGAAACUCAUGAUAUUCUAUAUGCCAGGCAAAAAAUCGUAGUAACCGCCAAGGCUUUUGGCCUACAAGCUAUAGACCUUGUUUACAUCGAUUUCCGGGACGAAGAGGGGCUCCGCAAGCAGUCAAGAGAAGGAGCCUCCAUGGGAUUCACGGGUAAGCAGGUGAUUCACCCUAACCAAAUUGCUGUUGUCCAGGAACAGUUCUCUCCAAGCCCUGAAAAAAUAAAGUGGGCACAAGAACUGAUUUCUGCUUUUGAAGAACAUCAGCGAUUAGGAAAGGGAGCCUUUACUUUCCAUGGAAGCAUGAUAGACAUGCCAUUACUGAAGCAGGCACAGAACAUUGUUACGCUUGCCACAGCCAUCAAGAAAAAAUGAUCUGGUAAAUGAAGCUCUCACCAUGUGGCCACAGUAGCUGUUUUAAGAGAUGACUAUACUUGUGGGA